AUGACGGCUACAGUUGCUUCUUCGUUGGGAUUCACCUAUAAUAUGCCGUCGAUGCAUCAUGCUGAACCGUUAACUAUGGAAGAGUAUGUUGCGGAUAUACCCGUACAAAUGCUUGAUGUCGAGGAAAUGCUUCUGCAACAACGUGGAUCAAGACCGGUUGGUAGCAGUCUCGAUGAUAUUUCAUUGCCGUGUCGAUAA